AAUCUGCGUAAAUGUUUUGGCAGAUAUAAGUAUAAUGAACUUUAUAGAGAUGGUUGAAAUUUCAAACAUACAAAUCAAGAAAGCUUCUGAAUAUAAAGAUGAUCAUAUAGAAAAUGGAUUGGAGCAUGUACUUACAGUCAUGAUAGAUAAAGAUCACUAUGCAAUGAUAUAUUUAAAUCAAAUGUUCACUGUACCGGAACAUGCAGAAACUCACAAUUUUGACGUCCUACAACAUUCCAUAAUGACAGAAGAAGAUAGAUUGCAAUGGGAAAUUUUUGAGAUAAUAGGUAUUCCGGCGGCUGAUGAUGAAAACCAAAAUUGUACACCGCAAGAUUAUGAAAACAAUAAUAUUUACAAAGAUAUUCGUAUUCCGGCGGCUGAUGAUGAUAACCUAGGUACUCCUAUGCCUGCUGAUACAACCAAAAGUAAUGGAAUUUCGAAAAGGACAACAUUUAAUAAGGCAUUUAUAUGUCUUAAAAAAAAACUUGGAAAAUUUUGUACUCCUGCGCAUGCUGAUGAAAACAAUAGCAUUUACAAAGAUGGAAAUUAUGUUACAGGUAGUACUGUGCAUGAUGAUGAAUACAAUCGAAUUUACAAAGCUACUACUAUUUAUACACUUAUGCAGAUACUGAAACUUUAAAAUUGACCGAACUUGGAAAGGCGAGAAGAGGUCUUACUGGAGAUGCUAUUAUAAAUGUGCUUACCAAAAAAUUAGCUGAAAACACCUCGAUUGAUGAAGUUGA